CCGUGGCCUCCGGAGCGCGUUCCGAGGAAAUUCAGGACUCGAGUUUCCCGGGGAAGAGGCGCGGCCCGAGACUAGCGAGUGGGCAGGGCCGGCGCCGGGACCCCGCGCCCAGCUGUGACCUUGGCCGCGGGGGAGGGGCCCUGCGGGGCGGCCGGCGCCCGCCAGAGGGGGCAGCGGCGACCAACUUGCUCAAGUUGGAGGCGCGGGCUGGGGCGGCUCCGGCGCCGCCGCCGCCGCCGCCUCCCCCGAGCCUCCUCCCCGGCUCCUCCGCCCCUCCUGCGCCUCCGCCGCCGGCCCGGUGCGCGGCCAGCCCUGCCCCGCAGCCCGGCGUGCCCGCCAAGUCGCUGAGCAGCCCGCGCCGGACGGGCAGGGCUCUCCUCCCGGCUCCGCCGCGGCUAUGGGCGCGCUGGCCAGGACGCUGCUGCUGCCGCUGCUGGCCCAGUGGCUCCUUCGCGCGACCCCGGCGCUGGCCCCAGCGCCCUUCACGCUGCCCCUCCAGGUGGCCUCGGCCACCCGCCACCCGGCUUCGCCCGCCACCGGGCCCGGGACCCCCGCGCUGCCGGGCGCUGAUGGCCUGGCCCUCGCCAUGGAGCCCGCUGGGGCCAAUGCCAACUUCUUAGCCAUGGUGGACAACCUGCAAGGGGACUCUGGCCGCGGCUACUACCUGGAGAUGCUGAUUGGGACUCCCCCGCAGAAGCUACAGAUCCUCGUCGACACUGGAAGCAGUAACUUCGCCGUGGCAGGUGCCCCACAUUCCUACAUAGACUCCUACUUUGACGCGGAAAGGUCCAGCACCUAUCGAUUCAAGGGCUUCGACGUCACUGUGAAGUACACACAGGGGAGCUGGACUGGCUUCGUGGGGGAGGACGUGGUCACCAUCCCAAAGGGCUUCAACAGUUCAUUCCUCGUCAACAUUGCCACUAUCUUCAAGUCGGAGAAUUUCUUUCUGCCUGGGAUCAAAUGGAAUGGAAUUCUUGGACUUGCUUAUGCCACCCUGGCCAAGCCAUCAAGCUCUCUGAAGACCUUCUUCGAUUCCCUGGUGACACAAGCAAAGAUCCCCAACAUCUUCUCCAUGCAGAUGUGUGGGGCGGGACUGCCAGUAGCCGGAUCUGGUACCAACGGAGGUAGUCUUGUCCUGGGUGGAAUCGAACCCAGUUUGUAUAAAGGAGACAUCUGGUAUACCCCCAUAAAGGAGGAGUGGUAUUAUCAGAUAGAAAUUCUGAAAUUGGAAAUUGGAGGCCAGAGCCUUAACCUGGACUGUACAGAGUAUAACGCAGACAAGGCCAUCGUGGACAGCGGCACCACGUUGCUGCGCCUGCCCCAGAAGGUGUUCGACGCGGUGGUGGAGGCCGUGGCCCGCACGUCCCUGAUUCCAGAAUUCUCUGCCGGGUUCUGGACCGGGGCCCAGCUGGCAUGCUGGGUGAAUUCCGAAACGCCUUGGUCCUACUUCCCUAAAAUCUCCAUCUACCUGAGGGCCGAGAACUCCAGCAGAGCGUUCCGCAUCACCAUCCUGCCUCAGCUUUAUAUCCAGCCCAUGAUGGGGACUGGCCUGAACUACCAGUGCUACCGAUUCGGCAUCUCCCCCUCCACCAAUGCGCUGGUGAUCGGUGCCACCGUCAUGGAAGGCUUCUACGUGGUCUUCGACAGAGCCCAGAAGAGGGUGGGCUUUGCCGCCAGCCCGUGUGCAGAGGUGGCAGGCGCUCCAGUGUCUGAAAUCUCGGGGCCCUUCUCCACCGACGACAUAGCCAGCAACUGUGUCCCCACCCAGGCUCUGAACGACCCCAUCCUGUGGAUCGUCUCCUAUGCCCUCCUGAGCGUAUGUGGACUCAUCCUCCUCAUCCUGAUCCUCCUGCUGCUGAUCCCCCUCCAGUGCCGGCACGCGGCCCGCGACCCUGAGGUCGUCAACGAUGAGUCCUCUCUUGUCAGGCAUCGGUGGAAAUGAGGGACCACGUCUGAUUCUGGUGACCUUGACCGUGGCUCUCCCCAGGACCCACGUCCAGGGUGCAGUGUGGGUUGGGCCAGGCUUCUUCCCCUGUGCAUUAGCCGGAAUCUUGGUCCUGCCCCCACACGCCUUCCAGAUUCACUGUACCUUGAUUAUUCUUGAUCUUAAAGCUUCCGGUUCUUCUUUCCUACUUCCAAGAAAAAAAUGGUAAUAAAAAAACACCUCGUUCUAAACCAAAACGGAGUGGAUCAGGCUUCAGGCUUUAUGGAACUACAAACUGUCUAGGUGUGCCAUCGAAAAAAAAGCAAGCCAUGACUAGUUAGCUUCUUUCUCUAACCUCUUGAACAAUGUGUGUGCAUAUGGGUCAUAACCCCCGAGAGCUUACAGGAGCUUUUGUAUUAAUAGUAUUUAAGGGUAUUUUGUGCCAGGCCUUGGAGGGGGUUGGGUGGUUCAGGAGGACUUCCCAACUUGAUGCAGGAGAAGCCGUCACCUGGCCCUUGCCAGCCCAUCCUGCGAAUGGGGUCUCCUUCCCACUGAGGCAGAUGGGAAAGGGGCCUGCUCUUUUGUGCCCAGUGAGGCUGUGGUACUGUCUGUGGAAAGUUAAAGCACUACCUCUUUUGACUGUGCCCAGGGUCCCAAGCCCGGGUGGGUGGGGCAGCCUGAUGCCAGGUGAGAGGGGCAGGUGCUGAGGUGGGCUCUGCGACCCCCUGCCCGUGACCGCGCGCCUCCUCUCAGCACAGGUUACUGAACGGGGCUUCAGGCGAGGAGCGCGUGCUGUGUUGCUGGCCGUUGUUUCUUUUCCCAGGUCUUCCCUGGAAGGGGCUUGGUUAGUCCCCCUGGGAAACAGCAAUGGCUGGAGGCCACACUCUGACUGCCGCAGGGAGGAUGGUGAGGGCCUGGAGCAGCCCGACGCUCCCUGUGUGUACCCCGUGCUUCACCUGCAGAACCACCGGGGCUCAGGCCGGCCGCCCAGGUGCGCUCAGACAAAGCCGCUGGCCUUGGGUGCGUUCAGGCUUUGGUGACAGGUGUUCAGCGGUGUCCUUAUUUGGGGGGCAACGCCCACUUGCUGUCACUCAUUUGAGGCCUUUGCCGUAGAGAGGUGGAGCCUUUAACUCUCUGCAGCCAGCCUUACGUGCCCCCACGCGAUCAGGAGCCCCGAGCCAGUCUCCCUUCUCUCUUCUGUGUGUGCCAAGUCCAGCACUCACUGUGCGCUGCCCUCGGGGCGGAUUGGAGGUACUGUAGGAUUCCCACCAGCAGUGCUAAGCAGCCCUCGGGCAGGCGUGUCCUUGCUGUUUGUGUGGAUGUUCAAGCCACCUGCUCUGCUCAUGAGGUCCCUGAGUCACCUCCACACUGAGAAAUACAUGACCAUGCCAAAGAGAUGUGGGGGCCACCCAGGCAGGUCAUGGUGAGCUCAAAGACGGGCAGCCCAGAGAACCAUCUGUGAGAUUCUCGUGAGGGAAGAGCUGAGCUAGCCCUUAGGCGGAAGCUGGGCACACAGACGGGAGCGGAGUGUUCUCACGUGCCCCCUGCACGCUGGCCUCUGCUCUCCGAGAGCCAAUCUUUGCAAACUGCUGCAGCACUAGACAUCUCUGGGUGUCUCGUCUUGUCUCAUUGACUUCUCCGUGGAUUCCUGUUUUGUGGGCCUCUUUGUGUCCAAGUGAAGCAGUGCCAGACGGCACCUCUCCUUUGCCGUGAAAAUCUGAACCCCUGAAAUAACAAGAGGGGUUACAGGGUGUGGCCGGCAAGCUCGGCCGCCCGUUCUGGGAUGGGCGCCCCCUGUUUCACUUGGCUCCCCAGGUUUCUGAGUGGGGACAGUUUCUGUCGUGGCAGAUCAGCACGCCCCGCUCUGGGAACACCAGAGCCUAACAGGUCGGGUUCCCAGGAGGGCCUUGGCUGGAGUUUGCCAUAAUGCUCUUUACUGCGUAUCCCAUUUCCCUACCUUUGCGUCUCGGAUGCCAUUGAAUGUGACAUUUUAAUGAGAAUGCUUAAAUUACCAAAGGAUAAUUUAGCAACAAGAGUGGAACAGACAAUUGAAUUUGGGACAUUUUCCUGGCAGGCCUGGCAGCUGAAAAUUGGACUUUGAGUCUGAACUGAGACAGUGACACCCACCUCCUCGAAUUAUGUAAAUGGAGACGGCCUGGCUCACGGCAAAGAGGUUGGCUUUGAACGGGAAGGGAAGCUGCAGCCCUUUGAGGGUGUCGUUUUCACCUUGCAAUACACCAUGGAAAGUUCUGGAAAACAACUCUGGCCUGCAAGGGGCAGCUCAGCCUUCGCGUGUUGCCAGACGCCUCGCCAGCUUCUGAAGGGGAGCAGGUUCUCUGCGAACCAGCUUAUUUUAAGCAGCGGGCUGCUUCCUCGUCUUGAUCGCUUACUCAGAAGUCUGAAAUGAAGCCCUGCCUUCAGUAACGAACUAUUUAUAAAAAAAACAGCAAGAAACCAGGUGGGGGUUGAUUCUGCUUCCCCCUCGGGAAUUUAAAGGAACCGCUGGCGUCAGAUCUGCCUGCACAUCACACACUCUUGCCUUUCUUCUGAAUCCAGAACAAGUGCCUGGUACCGAAGAAGCCAUGCCCUGCCGUGUGACCCCCGGCUGCUCCAGCUGGACACCGCACUUCUGGGCACCGGGCAGGACGCCUCCUGGUUCAUCCUGGAGCCCGGAGGUUUCAGCUGCAGGCAGCCUUGGGGUCAGUAGUGAUCAGAAUUGUGAAGGUGAUUCCCAGCAAGACAGCGGUAAGGACUCGGAGGAGCUUGGAGAAGCGGCAGCAAUUGGGGGGUUCACUCUCUCCUUUAAGAGGAGGAAGAAGAGGAGUUAUUUAAUUAUUUAGAUAAAAAUUGGGGUCUGUUAAAUUCUUCACGCCACAUUCCACUUGGUGGCUGUGCCUCACGAGAUCCCUUCCUGAGUUCUGGCUUCCUGCCGCUUCAUGUCCCUGGGAAUAAGUCACUGCCAAACUGUCUGUUUCAUAACCAGGAGUAAUUGAGUUUCACAGCCUUUAUCCUUAUUAGUGGAAACCAAAUAAUUGGGUGGAAACCCAGUAUGUUUUCUCUUGCACAAACCAUUUAGAGUUGAUUAUGGAGCCAUUCAGGGGAAAACGUGCCCUAAGAUUUAAUUUUUUUUUUUUUUUUUGAGAAAAACAGCCCAACACAAUGAAAGGUAGCUUUGUGGGGUUUGCCAAGAGAGAGACUACAUUUUUAGUGCCAGGAAAACUCCACACAUCUCUAUUGGGCUUAAAAUUUUUUAGAUUUGAACUUAUGGCUCUUUAUCAAUUAAAAAGUAAACUGGAAAAAUGCUUUCUGGGAGUGGGGAGGGGGAUAAUGCAAUUUCAAGCGUGCUGACAGAGGAAGCCAGUUUAAUUCUUUGGGGUACUGUGCUUUGAUUCUAGGCCACCUCAGAACUCGCUCUUACAGUUGCUGGAUCUGUGGAGACAUGAUUUAUUUUAGGGAUCCAGGCCCCAGAUUUCAAGAAAGCUCCACCUGGAGCCUUGUGUCCACCUCAGCAUUAACGGCCCAAGAGAAGGUGGGCCAGUAGCCUGUGUGCUGCCUGAGCCAGGGAGGGUUGUCCACUCCAAGACGGAGUGCAGGGUUAUCCGCGUUUGGUCAACUCCGGGAAGGGGCAGGACAGGAAGGGGCCAGAAGAGAGGGCCAGCCCUCAGUCUUGUGCAAAGCCACUGCAGAUGCUGUCCAGGGACACUCCCAGAGUCUUGGCCCAGCGGGCACUUCAGUCAUGUCCCAAAGGAUACCUUCAGACUGAUCGCUGUCAGAUAGGCGCCUUUAGGCAAAGGGAACUUGCUCUGUCGCCCACUUAGAAGCCUGUUCUAGUAAAUCUAGAGAGACCUGAACUGCCCAGAGGACCCAGGCCUCAGGCUGCAGGUGCGGGCUGUGCCCUGACAACUGGGGAAGGCAGGGUCAAGAGUCUGAGGUCAGGGGGACUUUGCCGGGUGACCUGUGGGGUCCGAGCUCCUGUGAAGGGGUUCUAGGGCAGAGUAAGUCAGGCCAGCCCAGCCACUGGAUGGUCCAGCAGGAGUGACCACACUUCUUUUCCUGAAAGAAGAGCUUGAGGGGAACCGCAGCCCCCAGGCCCUGCCCCCAGGGUGGCCCUGGCCCAGCAUCCCAGCGUCCAGUCCUGCUUAGAUCCGUGUUGGUCAGCCUCUGGAAGCCAGGGCAGACUGAGAAGGGCCGGGCCCUUCCCCACGGGUGAGGAGUGUUUAGGAUGAGCCGGGGCAGGCGGGACCGUCACUAACAGGAUGCACAGCACGGCCACACAGAGCGUCGCCAGUGACUGCUGUGUCACCCCAAGGACUGGGGUGGGACGCAGACCUGGUUUAAGCUGACACAGCUGUGUUUACUGUGGGGCCACUGGAUGGAGACCCGCAACCUGGGCCUCUCCUGCCACCAGCCCCUCUCUGACACUGAUAUUUGUCUGGGGUCUUCAGCGGGCGGGGAGACAAGUUCCGAUCCACAGCACACUCACAGACGGGCAAGCCCCGAGGAGCCCGGCGUCUCCCAAGGGCCAGGCUUCUUUCUUCCUGGUAAAUGCCGUCUGCAGACUCCGUGGGCAGCCUCCCGAUGUGAGUGGGUUUCCGCUUGCUGCAGCACGGGUGUCCCCUGAAGAGAAGUUCCACAAGAGUCACAUUUCUGAGGUGAGCAUCCCAGAGUGAAGUGUUCAGAGGGCAUUCAGAGGUUAUCUUCUUUUGAGAUUAGGGGGGAGCUAAUUAAGGGUCUGUUAAUCAAUAUUAAAAAUCACAAUAAAAUGUAUUAACAAAUUGUAUGCAAUUUUCUGUUCUUUGCUGCUAGGGGUAUAGAACUGGGCAUUCUCUCCCCACACACAUUUUCCUAACUGCGGAUGCAAUGUCACACAUUCUGAUCAGCAAGGGCUGAAGUUCUGCCUGGUGUAGCGAUUGCUCAGUGCUCAGAGAAUGAAUGGGACCCAAAAAGAUGUCUUUCCUACCAUUUCUGUUAAUUUUUACUGUUGACUGUUCUUAAAGUUUAGCAUGCCUGUGUCCGGGCUUCGGAAGGGGCCAUUCGUCUCCCUUGAAAGUGACGGACUCACCUGCCACACGGGCAGUCGAGGUUUUGGUUCUGGUGGAAGAACUCCCAGCCUGUACUGAAUUCUAAACAGAUGCCAAAAGUAGAACCUUGCAAAAUGUAUUUUGUGCAUAUCUCAGAUUUAUAUCCUUUAACACAUGAUUCUUAAGUGUAACUUGUAUUUCUGGCAAUGCUUAAAAUUAUUUUAUAUUUCCCUUUUGGAAUUUUCCUCCAUUUUCAGCACACUGACUUCAAUUAUAGUUGUGAUUUGAACAAGAAGAUAUUCAUUCCAUCUUAGAAGUGGCUCCGUGGCCGUGGACAAAUGUCAAAACAAUUACUGUGCAAAAAAAUGGAGUUUUCUAAAAUGAUCUUAUUUUUAUACUUACAUGUUGUACUGAUUUAAGAUAUAUACCAUUGGAAAGAAACAGAGAAUAUUGGUUUAUUUGAAUAAAUAAUACUCUAACUUGU